AUGCAGGGGCAGCGGCCGGACGAGCGGCGCCGUGGGGAGAUGCAGGGGCGGCGGCCGCACGCCCUGCAGCCCGAUCUGGCGGCGGCGCCGGUGCCGGCGCGCGCCCUGGCGCGGGGACGGGGGCUGGGCGACGGCCGGGUGGUGGGGAGGGGGAGAUGCAGGGGCGGCGGCCGGGGAUGCAGGGGCGGCCGGUCGCGCCUGUCUGCUGGGGCGGCGGCCGGACGAGCGGCGCCGUGGGGAGGGGGAGAUGCAGGGCAGCGGCCGGACGAGCGGCGCCGUGGGGAGAUGCAGGGGCGGCGGCCGCACGCCCUGCAGCCCGAUCUGGCGGCGGCGCCGGUGCCGGCGCGCGCCCUGGCGCGGGGACGGGGGCUGGGCGAUGGCCGGAUGGAUGCUGACCAAAGCUUCUUGGACACCCUUGGUUUUGGUUAUAUGCAAACACAACCAGAAAGUCCAAUUGGAGAGCAGCAUUCUGCAAUAAUAGAGAAAGGAAAAUCCAACAAAGGAAAAAAUUGGUGUAGUGAUGAGGACAAGGUUCUCAUAGCAGCAUGGGCAAAUACAAGUUUGGAUAUUGUUGGGACUGAUCAAAACCGAGAUGCUUAUUGGGCUAGAAUUUCAGAGUACUACAACACACACAAGGAAUCGUCAUGGCCGGAGCGUAAUCCUAAUGCAAUCAAUUGCCGUUACACAUUGAUUAACAGAGAGACCUCCAAAUUUUGUGGUUGCCUUCAGCAGAUUUUAAAUAAGGAAGAAAGUGGAAGGACUAUAGCAGAAAAGACAAACGAUGCACACAUUCUGUUCAAGGAAAUGGAUGUUAAAAAAAAACGGCCUUUCACAUUGAUGCAUUGCUAUAUAGAGUUUGCAAAGUAUCCAAAGUGGCAGACAAGAGAACUUGAAACUUCUCUUAAGAAACAAAAGAAAACCAUUGAUGAAAGUCCAGGCAGAGCCACCAAUGAUCCGUCAGAUGCAUCCUCGGUACGCACUGAUGCAACCUCGAUACACACUGAUGCUCUUGAACAUGAGAAAAGACCUGAUGGUGUUAAGAAGGACAAGAGAGGUAAAGCUGAUGAGAAUGCUUGCAAGCUGUCAUUAGAAACUGUGUGGGCAGCAAAGCAAGAGAAGGAUGAGAUCAAAGAAGCGGCAAGAAAUGCUCGCUAUGCACAGCAAUUUGAAUUGCGAAAAGAGGAGAUUGCACUCAGAAAGAAGGAGGAUGCACGAAACGAGAGGGAGGAUGCACGGAGACAGUUUGAAUUAGAUGAGAGGGUCAUGCUGAUCGACACUAGUGGUAUGACUGAUGUGCAAAAGCAGUUCUACCAAGCUAAGCAGAAUGAGAUCCUUGCUCGAGGCCUAGAGUAAUGUGAGCUAUUUGAUAUGUGAGCUAUAU